UGUCAGGUUCAUAUUCAUAGACACAUCUGCGUUUUCGGUUUGCUAAAGUCACUGAUCACUUCUAUGUCAAAAGGUCGGAUAAGGCGGCGGAAGGGCGGCGGUGGAAAGCAAGUGGAAGAUGCACACAGGGACCGCGUGGUUCUUGGUGCCGAUUGGAUGACCGGUCUUCCAGAGCGCUAUCGGGAUGUUCCACUGUGCUGCCUCGCAAUUCCCGGAAGUCACAACUCGUGCAGCGUGUACCGGGACGAGGAGUCUAACGUUGACCAGCGUAGCGACCCCAUAUACCGACAAUAUGUGGACCACAUGGGGGAGCUUGCUAACAAGAUCUCACACAGAUGGACGGUGACACAAUCUCUGUCUAUAACGGAGCAGUUGGAUGCCGGUGUGCGUUAUCUGGACAUUCGGGUGACUGCGCGGCAGGGAGACCGGGAGGACCUGAACGUCUACUUCCGGAACGGCCCAAACAUCAUCAUUAUCCUCAAAGAGAUCCGCCGGUGGAUGGACCUUCACCCGAAGGAAGUGAUUCUUCUCGAUUUCAGGGUAGUUCACAAGAUGAGCCAGGCGCACCACCGGUAUUUGCUGGCAAACAUGACUGACGACGUGUUCCGAGGGCGCCUGUUGGAGUGCACGGGUGUCGUCCAGGCCGUCACACUCAGGAAUAUGUCGGCGAUCGAUGCGCAGAUCAUUGUCUUCUACCCUAAGGAGUGCGAGCAACAGCACACUUGCGUUUGGCCAAACGAGUAUAUUGGCUAUUUGCAUCCGCAAGCCCAGUCCACGCGCGACAUGAUAGACCGUCUAAAUACUCGCUACCAACAUGGCCGCCCACCGCACGUAUUCUUCUCCUGGGACGGCGUCUUGACUACCACUAACGAGUACCUGGCCAAUAACUUACACAGCACACUAAGGGAUUCCCUUUCCCGGCCCGCCACACGGGCCUUAUGUAACUGGGUUCGUAACAAGGACAUCCGGCACGGAGAUAUGAAUAUUGUAGUGGCUGACUUUGUGGAGACCUCGAGUUUUGUCGAUGAGGUGAUACGGGUUAACUAUGAGCUACGAGAAUUACGGAAGUAUGACUUUGAGAGUUGUGUAUGUAACAUUUUAUGAAGUUAAGAAAAGAUAGCCCCUUGCUUUAUGGUUCCGUAAAACUUCUGCGAAUAAUCACAUGACUGUGUUUGCCAAUCAAAUGCUUGGAAAGUACCUGCUAGUUAAAGAGAAUAGACACCAGAUGUUCCCAAAAUCGGGAAAUAUUGUUUCCUCAAAAAAGCCUAGAAUUUUCAAUGCGAGAUAGUAUGAGGCUUACUUGAUUAAAAGAAUAAACGCAACUUUUAUGUUGCUGUCUCAGAUGAGUUUCCCCGUUUUCAAAUAGCGUAUAAUGUUUUCAAGUUUAAAAAAGCGCGGAAUGGUUUUUCCGAACACCUUGUAAAUCAUGUGAUUGUUUCAUUCACUUAACUGUCAAUAAGAGUUUUUAAAACUGGCUGUUAUUUUCAGCAGAUAUAACAUCUUUCAAAGGUUACAUCGAUACAUUUCAUCACGGAUGCUGAUCUGUCGGGCUCUGUGUCUAUGUUGUUUAGCAGCAGUUUCACGCUUCCUUGUUAUAUCAGUUCUUCUGGGAGCCACAAAUAGUGUAUAUUUAGCAUGUGACAGUCACAUAACGAGUACAAAUAAAUAUACCGACACACAUUUUUAAACUUUCUGGAUUUUACGCGGUAGACAACCCGAGUAAAUUUUGAAUUGAAAAAAAUGUGCAAAAACUGCGAAAGAUGCAUGUGCAUAAGCGAUGUGAUACGUUCAAUGUGUUGUACGCAAUUUUUUCGUCUGGUGGCUUGUGCCUUUAACAAACAUGUCUGUUGCAGCUGCUAGACAAAGCCAUCAUUUAAAUUAGGAAAUUAUGAAUAUAUUAUGAUUCACGAAGUUACUGACUGCACGUCCGCAAAGAUUUCCGAUGAAUAAAUUUGCAAAGCGCGAAUACGUAAUAAUAACAACAUGUAAGGCCCAAUAUGGGGACGAACUGCAAACGCUCUUUGCCUGGCUCGCUCGAAUUAAGUUCAUUUAACAAUGUUCAAUUCGAGUCGUAGGUAUAUUUUGGGCAUUUGAUUGGCCAGACGACUUUUCAGCUCGGAUAGUGUCCGUCGUUUUCCGUGAUACCAUAAUUGAACAUUGGCGAGAACUAUUGAUCUAGAAACCUUAUGGGGCUUUGGAUAGGAAUACUCCAAUGUUCCUAAAUAUAUGUAUAAUCAGAUGAAUGUGGAAUUUCCCUUUCUUUUACUUCUUACCAUCAUUAUGUUUUCCUUUAAAUGGCAUCGAUAAAAAACACGAUCUUAUA